GUAAAAUCAUAAACUCAGGUAUCACAUAUUUGCUUAUUCUCACAAGGGCCAAGAGCUUGAAAUGAAGAAAAACAGCCUUCAAGUUCCUCUUUAGGACAGUUUUCAUAAUUAUUUCUGACAUCUUCAUGAACAAUUUACCUUGUAUUCCUCUUAAACAGUUCAUUAUGCCUGUAGUCUCAUCUUUCACCUUUGUUUUCUUUUCUCUAAUCCAAAUUGCCGAAGGGAGUGGAGGAAGAGGUGAAGAUGUGGAAAGCCCAGAGAGUUGGAGAGUUGAGAGAAGGAAGAAAGCAGUUAAGGUCUUUCACUACCAUUCCUACAGUGAUCAGUGAUUGGCAAGAUACCGUUUCCACCUCACUCUCCAUGUACCAUGCCAGUGACAUCUUAGCUGCUAGAGUGUGGAGCUGGCCUGUGGGAGUCAAGUCAUCUUGUAAAUUUUGCCUAUAUAAAUUAACACAUCCCCUGUAUGUCAUAACAACCAUGUAAGGGAGAGUGUUUUCCUGCUCUGUCUUAGGUUUUGGUGAUGUGACCUGUUCAUGCAGGGGAAACUUGAACAUUUGCAGGUACACCAAAGGAUCUCUUCCUGGCAGAAUUUGGGAGUUGUUUAUUGCAGUACUGUUGUGCCCUCUGAUGAUGUUACAGUGGUUUAUCAAAAUGGGUUACCUGUGAUAUCUGUGAGGCUACCAUCCCGGCGUGAACGCUGUCAGUUCACACUCAAGCCUAUCUCUGACUCCGUUGGUGUAUUUUUACGACAACUGCAAGAAGAGGAUCGGGGAAUUGACAGAGUUGCUGUCUAUUCACCAGAUGGUGUUCGUGUUGCUGCUUCAACAGGAAUAGACCUCCUCCUCCUUGAUGACUUUAAGCUGGUCAUUAAUGACUUAACAUAUCACGUACGACCACCAAAAAGAGACCUCUUAAGUCAUGAAAAUGCAGCAACGCUGAAUGAUGUAAAGACGUUGGUCCAGCAGCUAUACACCACACUGUGCAUUGAGCAGCACCAGUUAAACAAGGAAAGGGAGCUUAUUGAAAGACUAGAGGAUCUCAAAGAGCAGCUGGCUCCCCUGGAAAAGGUACGAAUUGAGAUUAGCAGAAAAGCUGAGAAGAGGACCACUUUGGUGCUAUGGGGUGGCCUUGCCUACAUGGCCACACAGUUUGGCAUUUUGGCCCGGCUUACCUGGUGGGAAUAUUCCUGGGACAUCAUGGAGCCAGUAACAUACUUCAUCACUUAUGGAAGUGCCAUGGCAAUGUAUGCAUAUUUUGUAAUGACACGCCAGGAGUAUGUUUAUCCAGAAGCCAGAGACAGACAAUACUUAUUAUUUUUCCAUAAAGGAGCCAAAAAGUCACGUUUUGACCUAGAGAAAUACAAUCAACUCAAGGAUGCAAUUGCUCAGGCAGAAAUGGACCUUAAGAGACUGAGAGACCCAUUACAAGUACAUCUGCCUCUCCGACAAAUUGGUGAAAAAGACUGAUCUGCAAAGAGCCUCUGAAUCCCGGCAGAAGGAACACCUGUUUGCCUUUUUAAUUAAAGCCUUGCAGGUGGAAGCUGGGAGCGAUGGGGGAUAGAGCGUUUUUACCUUUAAUUAUAAAACAAAAACAGAAAGGAUCUGAGGGAAGAAGGGAAUGUUAAAACCUGAGGAUCAGGCAUUGUGGACUAUAAGCUCAAAGGGCUUAGUGAAUAUUGUCUUAACCAAGUAUCUCAGUUUCUGGAUGAAAAUGAUGCAGUUAUAUAGUAGAGAGAUUCAUAAAGAGAAAAUGAUGCUGGAGGUGUUUGUUUCUUGCAUCUUUGCAGAGUCAGCAAAACAGUAACACACCAGCACCCCACUCUGCUCCAUUUGUUUUUAAUUUAACUGUCCCUAUUUUUGACAUAGGAGUAAAUAAAUCUACCAGAAAAGCAAAUUCUCAUGAUAUGCUAAAAUAUCAUUAGCAUUUAUUUUAAAUUGGACCCAGUCUCUGCAGAGUUACCAGGAAUCUCUCCUUCCUGCAUCCCUUUACUGACCACCUACCUGUACCUCUUAGCUACACUCAUUUUUUCCAUUUGAUAAUUGGAACCAACUUAAAACUGUUUAAUAAUUGACACUUUAGAUUAUCUCUUAAUACCUUCUUAAAUGUCUAUAUAUCCCAGUGCUCUGGAUCAGUGUCUAAAAAUCAUUGGCAACACUGCAUGAGGUUGUUGGUUUUGUUUUGUUUUGUUUUUUUAUUAGUUAGUCUUUCAUAGGAGGAAAAAUUGCCCUCCUUUAUAUACUUAUCUAUGGAUAAUCCCCUCUCCCUCCACAACACAAAUCAGAGGGAAGGGGGGCAUUCAGCUGUACUACCAAAUCAGGAAGAUGUAAGGUUUACAAAUUGGCUAAAAAUCAUGGCUCUGUAGCCAUUUCAACCAGAAUAAGUUUAUUGCUAAUCUGCUUGUGUGACAGCAUUCCAGGCCAGCCAGAUGGCACUGCCUUGUCUGGAGGCUUUGUUCAUCUCGAAGGACACACAAUUCCACACUGUUUGUGAGCCCUCCCACCUCCACAACUUCAGUUGUUGUAAAUCAAGUGUGUGAAUCUCAAAGGGUGCAAUUUAUCUUUAUAUAGAAAUACAUUUCUAGGGCUUCCUUCAGCCCACUCUCUUCACCCUAUUUUUUCUUAUCUUGAGAGAAAGAGAAUUAAUCUUAUACUUUGUCAAAACAUUUUCUACCAUAUUUCCAGAUGACAUCUGCGCUUGAAGAGUCAAAGGAAUCUGUGUCUAAUAUCCUGUUUUUAACUGCUGUAGGGGCAGGAUGGAAAGGAUGAUGGGGGCUGCCACACCACUGAUUGGCCUUUUCUUUCACGUGAUUCAUCCUUCCUCAUUGUGGCAAGGAGUUUCUCUUUUUCUUCCUCCUUUGGGAUCAUUGUGUAUGAAAAGAAAAACUUUAAAUGACAAAUCCAGACUCCAGGUGCCUUGCAAAGGUUGAAGGCCAGCCAGGAUUGCUGCUGCUGCUACUCCUGCCACCACCCCUUUCAUUGGCAUGAUGGAAUGAAAGGAUGCAUGUCUCCACUUCCUGACCCUCCGCCCACUUCCUUCUCCCUCCACCACCCCCAGUCAUCAGCUCCUUCCCUCAUUUAUUUUUGUUAAGUUGUGUGAAUUAUUUUUAAACCAUUUAUCCUGUUUGUGCAUAGGGUUUUUAAGAAGAAACAGCACAGUGCAAUGAGCAAAUCUUUUCGGGGUGUGUGGGAGGCAAGGGAGGGAGGACAUGGAGAAAAGUUCUUUAAACAAAUAGCAAACUAUUGAACAUGUGUAAAAUCCUGUAUCAUUUAUGAAAUAUGUAUAAAAAGCAAUGUACCUCUGGAACAAUAAAUACUCAAUUUUUGAA